AUGGCGAACCUAACAACGACGACUGUAAAAUCUCGCCUGAGAGGCGUUGUAUUCGAUAUGGACGGAACCCUAACGGUUCCGGUGAUCGAUUUCGCGGCAAUGUAUAGAGCUGUUCUUGGUGAAGAUAAGUACAAGCGAAUCAAGAAAGAGAGUCCGACUGGAAUCGAUAUUCUUCACCAUAUCGAGUCUUGGAGCCCAGAUAAACAGCAGAAAGCUUAUGAAAUCAUUGCUGAUUAUGAACAACAAGGAAUAGAUAAGCUCCAAAUCAUGCCCGGUGCUGCUGAACUAUGUGGCUUUCUUGAUUCAAGGAAUAUAAAAAGGGGGUUAAUUACACGCAAUGUUAAGAAGGCAAUCGACAUCUUCCACCAACGUUUUGAGGUUAUAUUUUCUCCAGCACUAGGCAGAGAGUUUCGUCCAUAUAAACCAAACCCAGACCCGCUGUUGCAUAUUUGUUCCGCGUGGGACAUCCAACCUAACGAAGUCAUGAUGGUCGGUGACAGCUUAAAAGAUGAUGUAGCUUGUGGGAAACGAGCUGGAGCCUUCACUUGCUUGCUAGAUGAAACCGGAAGAUAUAAACCAGAUGAUUUUUCUGUCUCUGGUCUGCACCCUGAUUUUAAGGUUGAAACCUUGUCCGAAAUUCAGAACAUAUUGGAGACGAACUUCGACCUGAACGCAUAG